GUUUGCGCAUGCGCGAGUUUGCAGUUUCCAGUGUGAUUGUGACCCUAGAAAAUGGCUCAAUGUUCAAGUUAGUGUAUCAAGUUUCCCAAUAAAUAAUAAUAAAAUAUUUACUUACCUUCACAAAAUGGUUCAAAAUUUAUGAGAAUCAAGUCGCAUGCAAAAUGACAUUUUCCGCCCGCUAGAUCGGUGUAUAUUUUACAGAAGGGAGUAAAAACACGUAUUUCGUUUUUGACUUGGUAUUUGACUUAACAACGCGCAAUAAAUUCGUUGUUUUUUAUACUUUAAUGGUCUAAUAGUCUAAUCUAUCGUUUUUCUUCCUGUUCGUACAUCAUAGGAAUAAGCGUUACAUUUGUAACCGCUCUAAACAACUAAUCGGAUUCAUGCCAAACCCGUCUCUUCAAUGUAUCAGUCACGUCUUCUGACUUCUCUAUUUUUUACCUCUAUAAUGUUUUAUUGUUUGAGUUUUUUUUCAAUUGCAACGUACGGGCGCGGCAGUAUAUCUGCCAUAACGUACUCUGUUUGGCGGGCGCAACCGGUGUGUCCCAUUCUCUUAUACGGUAACCGACCGGCACCUCUUUAUGCGACACGCGAAGAGAAAAAUCCACACGAUAAGAUCUUUAUGCUUUCUGCAAAGAAAUUCUCGUCGUUCUACGUAUAGCCGGGUUCCCACGCCUACGGUUCAAUUCGUGAGACCAACGGAUUUAUUACCGCGCACAUAAUAUACCGGGCGAUGGGUGACUCAUGUACCAACGUGUCACAAAAAAUCGGUUAGACAGUAAGGAAACUCUUGAAUUAUUUUUUCAAUAUAACUUAAAAGUUUCCUCUACCCUUAAUACAGAGUUCAUACGUAAAGCGUGUAAAAAAGCUGAAAUCCAAUUUGUGUAAGGAUAAUUAAAUAUUUAAGAAUAACAACAGUUAAUGUUUAGGGCUCCUGUAGCUGGGGUCAAUAACUUUGGAACUUGGAAAAUGUUUUACGUGUUGUGAUUUGUAAACGACAACUUUGUGAAUAGAGACAACGAGUAUCUAACAAAUUAAUGUAAACGACCUUUGGAAUUCAUUAUAAUUAUUGUUAAUGUAUAUAACUUGAAUAAUUUAUAAAGUGAAUUUGCAAAAUCUUGUCUAUAAGUACGUAUUAUGAAUUAAUAUACUUACCACAAAAUAGUUUAUUAUAUUUCUAAGUACUUAAGAGAAUUGCUUAAUAAAACUUUGCAUCUAAUAGAGAAGUUCUAUUUCUCACAGUAUGUUUAGUUUAACUUUUAAAUGCGGUACACAGUCCAGGAAUAAGCACCAAAAUCAAGGAUCACUUAAAAUUAAUUUAUUCAUUAUAAAUAACAAUGUUGAAUAGACAGUUGACAAUAAUAUGCAAAUGAUCGUAAACUUAACGACUAAAUUUUCCGACCAACUCUUAACUGAUACUAAAUUUUCCGUUUUUAAACAGAAAGUUGUGUGGCGAGCCCGCCAGCCCUGUACAUAGAUAUAAGGAGUUGGUUAGUUAAACAAAUUGAAACCACAGUUCACUGUAUCGCCACAGAUUGUGGCAUUGCAUCGGAAUUUUCCUGUGAAUUGGCAACAAUUCGGGGGCUGAAAAUUGAAAUAAGCGCGACUCUCCGCGACCUGCGAAUAACGCGUGGCAAAGAGUGCCCGCGAAACAAGACGUACUAGUCACGUGAAGGCGCGCGCACAGCCGCAACCGCCGACCGCGAUCGAGAGAGAGGCUCGGCUCGGCGAGCGCCAUGCUGUCUGUCCUAAACGACCUUGAUUGUUUCCUGCUCCCUGUCCGGUUCGAAUGUUGCUUUUUUUAAACGGCCGACCGAGCACACACACACACACAUUCACGCUCGCACGCACAGCAGAAACUCGCUGCACCAAGACUUUUUAAGGAAUUUCGCGACCGUAAGUAUUGUGCAUUGUGCGCACAAUACGAAGAAACUUGUGUCCGGGCGAGCAUAUUUUCGCGUAUACCGUCGUCGUUGCUCUAGGCCUAAAAAUAGACUCGGAUCUAAUGUUUUGUUUUUUUAUCGUUUUUGCGCGUCUGCUCCGGCGACUCGAUUAAAAUUCUCUCCGUGAUUUACAGAACGACUGAUUAUUGUGGAUGGCUGACGUCACGCUUGUAGCUCUUUUUUACCGUUUCUACUGUACGUUUGUUGAAAAACUCUUCACGAAGCCGGAAAUGUUUCCCGGGUGCGAUUUUAAAAGAAGAAGAAAACAAUGUCACGUGGCGACGCUUGUUUAAAGCGAACACGUGGCAAAUUUAAUGGCAACGUGAAUACAAUUUAAGUAUGUAAUUAUAAAUCGUGGGAACACUGGGAAACGCACAAACGGAAAUGCCGGAACAAAAGAAACUCUGCCUGCAGAGCUUUGAGUUGUAGGUCGUUAUAAAUAGGACAAAUAAGCAAUAAAUAGAAAUUUAACGAAUGCAUGCGAAAUGGCGAACCACAGCAUCAAAGAUCAUACAUUGAGAGAAUAGACGGUAACCUUGAUGUAUUUAUUAAGAAAUAAUGGAGGGCGAUUUUUGCUUUGGCCAGCGGUAGUAAAAGUACUACAUUCCCCAAUAUGUCGUCGGUACUGAUUUUGUAGUUUUUUUUUAAUAAAUUUAUAUUGAGGGCACAUUCUUGCCAAGACGGUGUAAGAGCUUAGAUGCCCGUAACAUACUCAAUUAUACAUAUUCUUAAAAUGUGCGUGGUGGUUUCCAUGCGAAUAACGUUUAAUUUUGCAGCUUGCAUGUACUAAUUUAAGCGACGGUUUUAUGACUUGGCAGCCGCAACUAUUAAAGCCGUCAAGUUUUAGCAACGUAAACUCCGAAAGCUUUUAGCGGCUGUUAAAUGGGAUUGUUUUCGACGUUUGUUAUUUUCCUGUGCUCACCGCAACCCAUUUUUCAACCUCCGUUUACCUUUAUGGCGUCCUACUCCUAAUGGAAAAUUCGGUCAGCUUCUACUAAGAUUUUUUUUACAAACAACGAACAACUGUCUACCCCACAAAAAAAAUCUGGCAGUUUAAUAUUUUAAUGCGAGUUUUUUUUUUGAGAAUAAUCGUCAGGAAUAUGAAUAUGAAUACGGACCGUAAACAGACCAUAAGCUUACCCAGCGCUUAGAUUACGACAAACUGCGAUUGCGUUUGAGACCUAAUAGGUAUUUUUUAUUUCGGUUUUGGUUAGUUUUUUGGCUAUUGGCUACUUGGCGGUGCUUUUGACCGCGCGCCAUCUAUCGGUCUUGAACCAGGAGUACGUCGCGGUGUCACCCGCACUGUCGAUUUCCGCGCAAAAAAAACAACGCUUGUUUUGCGCUGACGAAACUUCGAUCAAGUUGGCACGACAUAUAUCGUCCGCGCUUUUUGAUAUGCAAAUGUCGGCCGGUGCAGCUUGCAAUUAUACGGGAUGCGUAAUUGAUUUUUUCUGCAUUUACUGCACGUAACGAAACAGCGACUUGCCUAUUUUAACAAUCGCGACGUAUCCCGACCAUUGUUCUUUAUGUAAAUUUCGGAAUACUUUACGCCGAUCAGUAUUCAUGACGCGUUUUGUGCGAAUACGUACGUUUAUCUGACGUUUCGAUCGCUCGCGCGGCUGUUGCGUAGCUGACGAAACGCCGCUGCGGUGGGAUCGAGUAUAUCGCUGAAUUCUACCGUCGACUAAAUUCGAUAGGUCAAUUAGCAAAUGAGAUGCGAGGGAACUCACAACAUUUAAUGUUUAAUACUAGGCGAAUGCCCUUUGCUGCCUUGCUCAACGUGGAAUAAAUGUCAAAGAAAAAGAAGAAGAGAGUCAAUAACAGCCAAACGGUUCAACCUAAACUGUAAUGGUUCCGGCAACGCGAAAUAAUGAUUUUGUGAUGGACAUUUUAUUUGGAAGAAGAUGAGUAGUAAUGGGUAUUGUUUUCUUUGUCACUGAUAAGAGAUUGUUUUUUUAUAUUUCUUAAUGUUUAUACCUGUUUUGGGAUUUGAAGGGUAAAUCGCUUGCUAAAAGGUACUGCAUAUUUUGAAUAUCCUCCACGUUGUGUCAUAGAAUCGGUAUUUUGGUAUUCUUUUCCUAUUGAAUUAGUUGUCACAAAAAUUUAAAUUUUUCCGUACGUUGUUUGUUUUUUUUUUUAAAUAAUACGCAUCAUAUACCACACAACCAAUAACUUGAUUAAGCAUUAAAUAUGUACAUAUAUCAAUUAGUAUUCGCUUUUUUGAAGUUUCUUCAAAAGUUGGUUGAGUUUAACUUUCGUAUCAAAAGAAUAUAUUGUUUGAUUAUCAAAUAAAACCACGCAAAUGAUUUGAAACAGUAUUAUAUCAGUAAAUUAUAAAUGGGCAAGAAAAAGACAACAACACCCAUUACUAACCGCCUUUUUCUAUCACAAAAUUUGCAUUACUUUUGUAUUACGCCGUUGCGAGUCCACUGCCAUAGUAACAUAGUAACGGACGAAUUGUCCUGGGUUGGUUAGCUCAGCGUGUAAUAAAAGUUAAAGCAAUAGAUGACAGGUAGUCCUGACUAAGAAGUAACAGAAGGCAAAUAUGUUUUUUAUCUGUGUUAAGAAGAAAGGCGUUUCAAUAUUAUUGAACCGUGUCGUUUAAACGUAAACAAUUCCAUCUCUAAAAGACUCUUGCCGUACCGAACCAAUUGUCAGCGACGAUGUUUGCUGGCGAAAAAACGACGCAAAAACAAAGCAGACUAGUAAACACCACCGGUUCGUAACAGUACAGCUCGCAUUAUUAAUCAUAUCAGCCGCACAGAUCGUCAGUUUCAGCGCGGAAUGCGAUUAAUAUAAAACGUCACACAAGAAGCCAACAUCUGGCACCGAUUAUUAUUAUUAUUUAUUUCAUUCUAGAUUAAAGGAAAGUCACUGCGUGUAUCGUCCUCUCGCGCAUUAAAUUAUUGGGCGCGAUGGGAUCGCUAACGAGGCAUAGCUAUAAUUAUGAUAUUAAACAGUCGCGUCUCUUCGCGAAAGCGCCCGAAGGUACUAUCCGAUUGCGGAUCGCGGAUUAUAUAUUUACCCGUGGAACCGUGUUUUUACUACGCACGGACAGUCCUGUGCGGUGCAGAUACGACGGCAAAAAUAGCCCGAGUAUGCCUCAAUGAACGUGCGAGACAAUAUGACGAGGUAUGGUUUGGUUAAAGUGGCUUAUAAAGUACGACGGUUUCUAUCAAACAAGUUCCUGCAGAUGAAUCACCGAUCGUCGCAGCAGCAGCGCGGAAGCGGCAUUCGAGCGGUGUGGGCGUGUCUGGCUGUCGUCGCGCUGGUCGUGCAGGCUGCCCGAGCCGCUGGCACCCCCUGGCGGGAAACAGACGACGAAGAGCGUGGCAAGCCGCUGCUCGCUCACCAUCUCGGCAAACGUUCCUUCUUCAACAUCGAAUGCAAGGGCGUGUACGACAAGGUGAUCUUCGCGCGGCUGGACCGUAUCUGCGAAGACUGCUACAAUUUGUUCAGGGAACCCCAGCUACAUUCGCUUUGCAUGGCUCAAUGCUUCACGACGGAAUACUUCAGAGGAUGCGUCGAAUCUCUGCAGCUGGCCGAAGAAAUGCCCAAAUUUAGGAAAAUGAUCGAAUACCUGGCGAAAUAGAUGCGCCCAUUUGUGUCCUAUUAUUCUAGUCCCA